ACCAUGUCGGUGGCCAAGGAGCUCUUACAGAUGGACCUAUACGCGCUGCUAGGCAUUGAGGAGAAGGUGGCGGACAAAGAGGUAAAGAAGGCAUAUAGGCAGAAGGUCCGCUCCUGCCAUCCAGACAAACAUCCGGGUAAUCCCAGAGCAGCUGAACUCUUCCACCAGCUUUCUCAGGCCUGGGAGGUACUGACUGACGCUGCAGCUAGGGCCGAGUAUGACAAGAUCAGGAAAGCCAAGAAGCAGGCAGCAGAGAGGACCCAGAAACUAGAUGAGAGAAAGAAGAAAAUGAAGCUUGACCUGGAGGCCCAGGAGCGGCAGGCCCAGGCCCAGGACGAGGAGGAGGAGGAGGAGAGCGGGAGCACCAGGACACUGGAGCAGGAGAUCCAACGCCUGCGAGAAGAGGGUUCCCGGCAGCUGGAAAAACAGCAGAGGCUGAUGCAGGAGCAGAUACGCCAGGAACGGGAGCAAAGGUUGCGAGGAAAGGCAGAAAAUCCUGAAGGCAAAGGAACUCCCAAGAUAAAACUAAAAUGGAAGUGCAGAGAGGAUGGUUCAAAAGGCGGCUACUCCAGAGAUGUCCUCCUGCAGCUUCUUCAAAAGUACGGGGAGGUGCUCAACCUGGUACUUUCCAGCAAGAAGGCAGGCACCGCCGUGGUGGAGUUUGCGACCAUCAAGGCUGCGGAGCUGGCUGUCCAGAAUGAAGUGGGCCUGGUGGAUAAUCCUCUGAAGAUUUCCUGGUUGGAGGGAGGGCCCCAGGGCAAGGACGGCCCCAGCCACCCAGGAUGGUCACAGGGCUCAGUGGUGUCCGAGAGGGACUACGAAAGCCUCGUCAUGAUGCGCAUGAGCCAAGCAGCCGAGCGGCAGCAGCUGAUCGCCCAGAUGCAGCAGGAGGACAAGGUGGGCAGCUGA